AUGGAGUUGAGUUCUUCAGCUAAUGUACCAAGAUGGACGCCAAGUCCAAGCCCAACAAGAUCGUUGUUGGCAUCAGCUGUGGAAGGCCCCAGCUCCAAGGAAAGUCAUGGAGGGAUGAAAAUGCAAAGCAGCACAACUUCUGCAGAAGAUGGGAUUUCCUUGUCCUGCUCUAGCAUGGACAGAAUUUUCCCAUUUAGCAUUGUGUUUAAAACUGGAGCUGCUCCAAACUCUGGUUUAGAUAUUCAUGGAGCCCCAUCUCUGAGAUUGGAAUCUGCGGUGGAGAAGUCAGUAGGGAUUGAUCAAACGGUUGCGAAGCCAGGCUAUGGAAAGGAUCAAAGUUACGUUGUUGAUGAUGAUAUUGAAAUUGGGUUGAGAAAGAAGGGUAUUUGCUUGACAUGGAAGGACCUGUGGGUUGGUGUAUCUGAUGGGAAAAAUGGGAAGAGAAUGAUUUUGCAGGAGCUUACAGGUUUUGCUCAACCUGGUGAGAUGUUGGCUAUCAUGGGUCCUUCUGGCUCUGGCAAAUCCACCCUUUUGGAUGCUUUGGCAGGAGAAGCACCUGUUAUGUGCUUAUUCGAGAAGUAA